CGCUGCUGCUACAUUUUGACAACAAGAAAGAAGCAAAACAUGUGAACAGCGGCAGUGAAAAACAUGGCGAUGGUCGCUAAAGUAGCCCGUCUAUGUCGCCUGGCAGGACGGACAGUCACCUCCCGGUCAGUCACACACAGGCAGCCUGUCAGUCUGCCUGAGAGGAUAUGCUACAUAUCCACCUCGAGAGGAAACUAUCUUCAGUUCAGGCUCGAUGAGCAGACAGCUCACAGCAGUCUGGACCUCUUCAAGAAAGACACUGCCGUCAUCUACCGCAUGUUGGGUCUGGACCUCAGCUAUGUGCCAGACAACCCAGAACGUUUCCGACACUGGGCCGUUGUGUUUGGCGAUGAGAAGAUCAGCAGUGGAAGACACUACUGGGAGGUGACUGUCAAAAAGUCUCAAGAGUUUCGUUUAGGUGUGGCCGAGGCCAUGAUGUCCAGAGAGGAUUGUGUGGGAACCAACAGCUCCUCCUGGGUGUUUGGCUAUGCUCAGCGCAAGUGGUUUGCUAUGACCAGCAAUAAGAUAGUUCCUGUGCCGCUGGUGGGCAAGCCAGACCGCAUAGGCAUCCUGCUUGACUACCAAGCGGGUCUUCUGGGGCUGGUGGACAUCAAAAAACCCACAAUCAUUCACACCAUCAAGGUCCAGUUCCAGACUCCCCUCUGCCCCGCGUUUGGACUUUGGGACGGGGAGCUGCUUACACACUCUGGUCUAGAGGAGCCUGAGGGCCUGAAGUGAACCAGGAUUGAGCUGUGAUGAUUGUGAUGGUCGUGGGCUUGUAUUUGAUACCAUGACAGCAUUUAUCACAACAGGAAAUAAAGCAAUAUCUAAGUAAUCAUUUACAGCUUAAUUACAGAUUAUGGUUAAUUUUCCGUGGUCCAGAUGGUCAUUGUUAUGAAAUCUUAUCAAUGCAAGUUUAUGCUUUGUGUGUUAUCUCAGGCAAUCUUAGCACAGAAGCUGUUAUUGUGUGUACCUCAUGUAUUACCUCUCAGACUAACUGAUGUGAAAAGGAUGUAGGAUUGUUUUUGAGAGCAACAUUAACUGCCAAAUUUUUUUUUAUGCCGUGUUCCUAAAAUACCCACACAGUUACAAAGCUGAAAUCCACAACAAUAACGUUUUUAGUCCCAUGUUCAUACUGUAUAUUGUUUAAUAAAAAUAACAUUUACAUUACAUAUAGCAAGCUUAUACACAUUUACAGUGACAGACUAAAGCUUAAGUCAUCUGGAGGAGGACUCAUUUCACUGCCUUUUACUGAGUUAAAUGAAAUAAAGCAAUGUGAAUAAAGUGCA